AUGGAAGCCGUGGAACCACCAUGGAACGUGGGCAACUUGUCCUACAAGAGGCUGGAGAACGCGCUGGAAAGCUUCAAGCAAGUUCUUCCGGGAUUCGUGUUGCCGUCGAGACAUACCUUGACGCGGUACGUUUCGGGUUACUUUCACGGCUUUCAUGACCAUCUGCCCUUUUUAUACCUGCCCACAUUUCGCCUUGACGAAUGCGCGCCGGAGCUGUUCCUUGCGAUAGCCGCUGUUGGGGCUCAGCAUCGCUUUGAGAACCAGAACGGGCUGAAGCUCUUUGACGCCGCCAGAGCCGUUGCGUUUGAGCAACGGCGCCGCCGCAUGAGAAAGUUUGCAGAGAUUCGACCAGAGUACCGCUUCGGCUCUACCGCUCGAAACCGCGGGGCGGAUAAUCAUGGUACGCAACCCCAGCUCAGAGAUCUCAAUUACAGCCAGCAGUCCCGGUAUGAGCGCAUGCAGACAGUCCGGGCGCUGCUGCUUGUAACUGCCUUUGCAACCUGGGAAGACCAUCCGGAGAUGGUGCGCGAGGCCACCGAGCUGCAAAGUAGCCUGGCCCGCUGUCUCCGGGAACUGGGAAUGAGAGAUGACACGGAGACUGACAGCGACGACUGGUAUGAGUGGGCUCGUCUCGAAGGCGACCGCCGCACCAAACUCAUCGUGUUCUGUUUGCUCACGCUUCACACCAUCACAUACAACCUGCCACCAGUAAUCCUGAGCAGUGGCUUGCAUCUUCGACUCCCUUGCUCAUCUCGCAAGUGGAAUGCAAAGUCGGCAUCCGAGUGGCAGCUGCUGACCGCAUCAACGACUGCUACUACCGAGCCACUGUUCCAAGACGCCUUCGCUGCGCUCUUCUCCAAGCCGGGACGGGCGUCAGAAUCACCAACCACCCACUUCGCCUCACCCUUGGGAAACUACGUCUUGAUCCUCGCCCUGAUCCAGCGAAGCUACUGCAUCCACCAACUCUCCACCCUCGCCCCAUCCGAAACCUCCAGCUUAAAGGAACAGCUCGAGCUCGCGCUGCAGCGCUGGAAGCUCAACUGGCAAGAAUCCCCCGAAUCCAGCCUCGACCCGCACAACGCCAGCGGGCCGAUCCCCUUCACGGCGACGAGCUUCCUCGCGCUGGCGCACAUCCGGCUGGUCUGCGACGCGGGCCCGCACCGCGAGCUACACACGCGCGACCCGCUGCGCAUCGCCGCCGCGCUCACGCGCCUGCCGCCCGUCGAGCGUGGCCGCAGCAGCCGGAAUAUGGUCGUCCCCGCGCUGCUGCACGCGGCGCACGCGCUGAGCAUCCCCAUCAAGCUCGGGAUUGACUAUGUUGCCAAGAGCCAGCACUUUUUCUGGGGCAUACAUCAUUCCGUUAGUAGUUUUGAGUGUGCUGUGUUCCUUGCGCGUUGGCUGUAUCAGAUUGAGGCGGAGGGGAUUGAGGAUGGUGAUGCCGUGGGAGAUUACGAGAAGCGCAUCCUGCUGUGGGUCAGAAGCAUAGUCGAAGAAGCCCAGUCGACGAUGAUGGAUUUGCUGGCUACUUCCAGGAGGGAUGACGAGGACUUUGGCAGCGCUCACAGCGUCGCCCUGGCCAUCAUCAAGAUCUGGGCGCGCAUCUUCCAGGGCAACACGAGCUGGGCGUUGAUAAACAUAUUCGGAGAUAGCCUGGAGCUGCUUGCUUCUACCAUGGAGAGCGAGAAUAUAUGGGGACGAUCUUCUUCAGAGAUGGAAACGAAAGAGUGA